UGUACUCUCUGUUCUAACCCAGUUCUGUAGGAAAUGAUUAAGUGGGAUGGAUGAAAACAAUGGAGGUGGACUAUUUGCUGCAAGGUGAAGACUCACUCAUAGAAGGAGUCAGCAACCCUGUGUUGUUUGUGGUCGUUCUAAGUGUCACAUUCCUGUGUGGACUGGUAACUCUGCUGUGCAGGUAGGCGUAUUGUAUUUCUAUUCACAGCCUAUGGGAAUGAUGGUUGUGAGUAUGGAGUAUACACAUACACACAGACUUUUAUCUAUGUAAAGUCCUGUGUAGCUCAGUUGGUAGAGCAUGGCGUUUGCAACGCCAGGGUUGUGGGUUCGUUUCCCCCGGGGGACCAGUAUGAAAAUGUAUGCACUCACUAACUGUAAGUCGCUCUGGAUAAGAGCGUCUGCUAAAUGACUAAAAUGUUAAAAUGUAAAUGUAAUGGUUUUGGUGGUGGUGAUGUUUUUGUAACCAGUUCUUGAGCUUUUUUUUUUUUUUUUAUGUUUGAGUUUCCUAAAUCAAACAUGUUUUGUUUUCAACUGAUAUGCCAGUGAAUGUUCUUGUUAGCAAGUUGUAGGCCUGUUUCUAAUAUCUGAAGCUAAAGAUGUUGUUGGUUCAACAGAAAUGAGCAGCAGCAGAACAUCCACCCAGAGAACCAGGAGCAUGUCCGCGCCGUCCGGCAGCAGCUGCAGUCUGACUCGCAGGUGAGAAGAUGUGGCACUGGCUGCUCCUAUGUGUACAGCAUGUUGUUAGUUUCUCCUCCUUGAAAGUAUCAUACAACACCUUUAUCUCAAAUCAGUUUAUUGGUCACGUUUACAGGAUACAGGGUGAAAUGCUUAAUUGCUAGCUCUCCUCAUCUCUCUCCUUCCUUCCUUCCUCCCUCUCUCUCUCCUCCCUCAGGAAGGUGAACCAGCAGAGCCCAGGCAGCAGUUCUAUACAGAUAUGUCCUGUCCAGUGUGUCUACAGCAGGCUGUGCUGCCUGUGGAAACCAACUGUGGACAUCUCUUCUGUGGUUAGAGUGGACCAAAUGUUUAUAUACGUCAUUGGGGUGUUGUCUGUCGCCUCUAUCACUUCAACUAGGAAGAAGGAAUCAGAACUAGCUACAAGAAACUGAUUAAGCCAUUUGGAUAGAUGCAUUCAGUGCUAACAUCUGGAUAUAACCACAUUUUCCUGUAUUUUGAAGGUUCUUGUAUAAUUGCAUAUUGGCGAUAUGGGACAUGGCUUGGUGCAAUCAAUUGUCCCAUCUGCAGACAAAUGGUAAGACGUCUUCAAAUGCCCAUUAUAACUUUGCUGUGCUUACUGUCAAUACAUUUAUCAUCAUUCACGUAGUAAUACUACUGAUCCAUAGUGCUGAAGUUGCUACUAUACUCUGUUGGCAUGUUCUCGUUUUGAUUCUGAAGUAAAAGGAAAAUAAGAUUUUUAAGACAGUUAUUGCACAGUACUGCAGUUGUUCUGUUUUGCAUUGACCUCUCUACCCUAUGUGAACAGGUGACCCUGCAGUUGGUCUGUUUGCAUUGACCUCUCUACCCUAUGUGAACAGGUGACCCUGCAGUUGGUCUGUUUUACAUUGACCUCUCUACCCUAUGUGAACAGGUGACCCUGCUGUUCCCGCUCUUCCAUGAACACGCCUCCCCUCAGCAGGUGCAGGAUGGAACGGUUGAACCACUCCUCAUCCUCCGGGACCUCAACGACUACAACCGCAGGUUCUCAGGACAACCCAGAUCUGUAUGUAUUUUGUCUUAUGCAAUCGGAGUUUGAGUGAUUGAUGCAUGUGGAAGUCUCUCCCUGCAGGAAAGUUACAUCAGAUUUAUUGAAAGCACAGAGACACAGGUACUAUCUCGUUCUGUGCUGUGAUGUCAUAUUGAAAUGCUUUUGGGCUUGUUUCUUGGGCCCAGAAUCUCAUCUCAAUGUCCCAGUCUAUUAAUUGAUGAUAAGGCCCUGCUCUACUGACGUUACGAGACAUUGCAAGCCAAGAAAUUGAGAUGCAGCAUUCCAUUGCGAAAUGCAGCUUUUGAUUGCCGAUAGAUGGGCUUAGUGCGCGGUUCUGAGUCCGUCUGCGUGUUGGCCGACCUGCCUACACUGUGUCCCUCCCCUCUCUCUCCGUCCCUCGCUAGCUCGCUAUGAAAGAUGUGUUAUCGGAAGUACGGCAACUAACCAGUCUCCUCCGUUCCAAAAAUAGUCCAUUAGUCCAAUCCUAGCCGAAUCUUGACACUCAGAAAUGGGAGUCGACGCCAGGUGUCGAUGUGCAUGGAGUUGAGGAAUCAAUGAUUUUGGGGUUGACUCUCCACCACUACGACAUCGUCGUUAACAGUUGGAAAAAUUGCAGAGAAAGGCAAGCGACAGCAUUGAAGUCCUAUAUGGCAAUACUUUGAGAAGUUAAAUGCAGACUUUGCUGAGGGGAAUUGAGGUACAGUAAUGGUAGUACAGGUGCAUUGCUUCACCAUCUGAAAGGGGACGCACCGUGAGACCCAAACCAUCUGAAAGGGGAAGCACCGUGAGACCCAAAACCAUCUGAAAAGGGGGACGCAACCGGAGACCCAAACCAUCUGAAAGGGAACGCACCGUGAGACCCAAACCAUCUGAAAGGGGACGCACCGUGAAAACCCAAACCGUUGUUGGCAGCAGCACAGCUGCAUUGUGAAUUCACAUGGAAUUUAAUGAAUUUUUCUUAUCGCUUUAAUGGAAAACUGAUAAUUAAAGAAAAUGGCAGUUUAAACCGUUAAGAAAAUGUUUCCAUUUGUCACAUCCCUAGUACUAAUGUUUCCAUUUGUCACAUCCCUGUACUAAUGUUGUGCACAACACGACUUCCGUCUCUCCCUCUCACUGAUGGCCGGCUGCGUUACUUCCCACGUUGCUUGCUACACCUCUUCAGGGAGAAUGUUCUCCGAGGGGGCCUGUGCUGGGAUGUUCCGGAAUCCGUGUGCCGCGGUGUUGUGUGUGUCGGGGCUACGUGACCUACCUGGCCUCCCCUCUGGACUUGAUCCCUGAGGCUCUGUGUCGGCCUGCUAGGCUUCAUGGAUGACAUCUUCCUCAUCCUACUCCUCUUCAUCUACAUCUCCAUCAUGUAUAGAGAGGUGGUGACCCAGAGACUGGCAGCGUGA